AUGCACAUCCAGGUGCAAAUGCAUAACCGCAACCUCGACUUGGUUGGGUGUUACCAAUACACUCAAGCACACCAUGCCAGCAGAAUGCAGGACAGAACCCACUGGUGGAACCAACUGGACAGCCUUUUGCACGGCCUGGCACAUCGGAAUGUGUUAGCACUCACAGGGGACUUUAAUUGCAACCUGGUGCCCUCGCCCACCCACAGUGGCCCUGACCAGUACCGCUGGCGUGGACACAUGACUGCCGGAGCUGCACACCAGGAUGCAGGACAUUUCACGUCCCUGCUCAGAAUGCACGGGCUCACUGCCCUCAACACGUGGGACCCAGGUAUGCCGUUCACUGCUGAGGAACUGGAACGUGAGAUCAGCAGAAUACCUGCUGGCAAGGCUGUUGCACGUCCACAAUGGACAGCCCAAUGCAUCAAUGUCUAUGCAGACGAUUGCCACAUGGGUGAUGUUUUUCAGUCCACCACUGAGCUCACUUCAUUGCUUGACAACAUCAACAAGACAUUGAUGCUGCUGCGCCAAUUUGACCUGACCAUCAAUCCCAACAAAUGUACAGCCAUGCUUGCCAUUGGAGGACCUGACGCCAUCAUUGCCACUGCUGUGACUGACGUGCCCAAUCUUGCAGUACUGCAAGCUGGCCCAGACGCGUGCUGGAGACCCACUACACAAGCCUUUGCCACCGACAGGCUUCUGACCAGCACGAUGUUUGCACCGAAGAUGGAUCCCGCUGUACGUGGCACAGCCAUCUUGACAGAUGCUGACCUUAGCAACAUGCUGAGCCAGGAGUGGGGACAUCGAGUUUUGACCAUCGUUGGCUCCAGAAAUUGGCACCGCAUGAAGAAGGAGACUGCUGCCUGCAGUUACCUUGCACAGCGCUGCUGUUUGUGCGAUCAAUUCCUAGGCCGCACUCAAGAACUGCACAGACACCUCAAGUUGCAUCACCCAGAGUUUUGGAAUCACGUUCAAGAGAAGGGACAUCAGCUCAUGAAUUUGCAUGGAGAGGACCCGCCAUGUCCGUAUUGCGGGGCGCUGUUCAAGGCUGCGCACCAAUGCCCAGUAUGGUGCCAACUUGCAAUGCUACUCAUAUACGGGGGAGGCAUCAGCGCUGGAACCACACAUGUGCCUGCAAUUUUACGUUGUGAAAUUUGCUUAGAAAGCUUCACCACCAGUGAGUUGUUGCAUGAACACCUGAUUCAAGAACACCGCCUGAAAAGCCAGAGCUACAACCCUGCCAGAGACUCCUUGGAGGGGGAGCCAGUCUGCGCCCACUGCUUGGCGAUGUACGACAACAUGGAGUCCUUGCGGUCUCAUGUGAACCAAGGCCGGUGUCCCAAGUUUAACCCGGCAUUGCCAACAGAAGUGAUUGACAUUCAGCCGCAAUGGGUUGAUGCCAUGUGUCAUGGAAAGAUAGCAGACGUUUUGCGCGAUGCACAUGUCAGACUCCAGCUGACCUUGCGGUGCCAAAACUGUAGCAGCCGCUACACGCGCCCGGCCGACCUCUCAGGCCACCUCCAAUCUGCGCAUUCCAGUCUCUGGUCAGAGGCUCAAGUUCUGACGGGGAUCAUGACAUCCCUCAUUUACAGUGAGGCAGGUUGCACAUGCAACCCAAGCAUCACAGCCCCCCGGGCUGGACACAUAUGCUUGCCCCUACGUCAGCUGUCAAUGCAAUAUAUGCGCAUGCAAGGAGCUGUCCUGUUUCCACAUCAACCGACAGAUGAGGAAUUAGUUCAACUUUUUUCUGAGAAUCUGCCCAGAGAAUCCAGAUUUUUGUUGGAACGCACCCUGACGGCUGGCACGUUGACUGAUUUCUGGACCCAUGCCACGCACCUGGAAUUGCUGAGGGACACUUGCACCCUAUGUGGCGCCCACUUGCAUCCGGCUGACCUGGUCCUGCACAUGUAUGAGGCGCAUCAAUGUGGCCUGCCAAUUGUCAAGUUUCUCAAGCAACAGCUUGUUCCGAAAUUUGCUGCUGCCAACCAUGACCCACCCAGAUGUUUUGCAUGCAAGCAAGUUUAUACCAUUGCUUCCGCAGAUGCUGACAUGACUGAUGAUGCCCUGACCUCUGCUGCUCAAGUGCAUUUCCCAAAGCUGCACAUGGCCGACAUGAAUAUGCCCGAGCCCGAAGAAACCAAUCAACAGGUUUGGACGGCCUUCCAGGCCAUUGGAGCUCUGCUGGACGACUCCCUGCAGCUGGAACCCAAUGCAGCGGGUCCCAAACGACAAAGAAAAGAAGAACCGACAAAGGCCAAGGGCAAUCCACAAACCAAGCAGCUGAAGGAGAAGAUCGACGUGGCACAUGCUCUUUCACUGAUGGCCAAACUGACCCUUCGCCUGGACCGAGAACUCCAGCAGCUGAAACGGGAAGACACAUUCAUCUUCUUCUUCGGGCACAAGGGGCCAAACAGCAGUCUGAGUCACCUGGUGAAGGCCACAGACGACUGGGUGAACAAUCGCCAAUCCAAGUCCCAGAUGACAACCAUGCCUCUGAGACAGCACCUGAUGCAAGUGGUCUUCAACACCCUCCUGACGCGCCUCACCAAGCUGGGGGAGACCAAGGAUGGAUCAGAAGUGCAACAAGCAGCCAUCAGCAAUCUGAUCCUACUCCCGGACAAGACAUGUCCUUACCUCGAAUGGGAUAUGAGUCAGAAGCAACUGAAGGUCAGCCAAAGACCACCCUUGAGCCUCACCAGACUCCAUCAACUGUGUCAGGACAUGCUGGAGGCCUUGACGGAUGUGCACCUGGUGACCGCCUUUCAUGCCUUGCCAACCAGCAAUCAGGAAGUUGCCCCAUGGAAGCUCACCCUGAGCCUGAGAGCCGAUGCCCCGUGGCAGACCAUGCAGGUUCUGUCCCACUCAGCCAUCUGGCUGUUGAUGGCCACCUCGCUGAAACCGCAUGGGCAGACACAAAGCCCCCUGGCGCAGAGCUUACAGCAAGCCAUGGGCCUGACCAGAUCGCCCAAAGGCCGUGGGAAGGGGAAAACCAAGACCGUGAUGCCCAAGCAGGAGUGA